AUGUGGAGAAAGAAUCGUUCCUCGAACAAGGAAAGCAACUGUGUUGGAACCGACCUCAAUAGAAACUUUGAUGCAAACUGGUGCAGUAAGUCUGAAAUGGGAACUGAACUGGUAGCUUGAGGGCUACUGGUCUCUGAUCCCACAUACAAACUACUGCCGUUGUUCCCUUGAGCAAGCCACUUAUCCUCAAAAUUGCUCUCCAUCCAGGGGCGUUGCACCACCACUGACUCUGUGUCGCUCAACAUGUGUGUGUUUCUGGGGGUGUUGGGAAAAAGGCAGAAGAUGGCUUUCCAUUCUAACCAAAUGGACAGAUGACUUUCCAUUCUAACCAAAUGGACAAUAAACUGUCUAUUCUAUUCACUCUGCAGCGAAGGGCGCCUCCAACAGGCCCUGUGAUGAGAUAUACUGCGGCCAGUUCCCAGAGUCGGAGCCUGAGGCGGAAGCCGUGGCUAACUUCCUGCGCAGCCACAAAGACUCGGUAAAGCUCUACCUCUCCAUCCAUUCCUAUGGUCAGAUGCUGCUCUUCCCAUACUCCUGCUCCAAUGAGGAGGUGCCUAACCAUGCCGAGCUGGUGAGUUGUUGGGAGAGCUGAAUGGGCGGAUGAAACCCAGGGAUCACAUAUUAGGCAUUCAUUUGUAGUUGAUAAGUGUGUUUGUAAGUAGCUAAUUAGGCCUAUAUUCUGUAUAAUUAGUCAUUUAUUAAGCCUUUAUUCAGUGUUGUCCUAUUCACACAAACACUGAAUAAAGGCCUAAUAAAUGGCUAAUAGUACCCGAAAUGGCAUAAUUCGCUACUUAUAAAUGCUUAUAUGGUGAUCCAUGUACUGGUUUUUGAUCAGUCAGUAAAUAUCAUAACCCACAAAAAUGCUAACUUCCCCUGUUAAUGAUAAUGGUGAGAGGUUAGCAUGUCUUGCGGGUGUCUUUGUGCCUCUGUAACUUUCUCAAUCAUCAUUAUUCACGAUUCAUUCAGGCUUAUCCGUAAUCAUGGUAAUCAAGGGUUCAGAAAUAUAUUAUAUUCUUAUUUACAAUUAAAGUGACCCCAAAAUGACACUACGUGAAUUUGUCCAAAUUAUUUUGGUUCCCUAAAAUGGGGGGACUAUGUACAAAAAGUGCUGUAAUUACCCACAGAUUAAAGCUGACAGUAUGCACUUUAACCUCAUAGUCAUUGUAUCAUUUCAAAUCCAAAGGGCUGGAAAAAAAAUUAAAAUGUGUCACUGUCCAAAUACUUUUGGACAUUUACAUUUACAUUUUAGUCAUUUAGCAGACACUCUUAUCCAGAGCGACUUACAGUUAGUGAGUGCAUACAUUUUUGGACCUCACUGUAUAUAAUGGAUUCUUUUUUUAUGAAUAGGGGCCUCUUUUUAUUAUUUGUAUUAACUGUGUUCAAUUGUUUUUUUUAACAGUUUGAGCUUGCACAGGAGGCAGCCAUGAAAAUCAGAAGACACUACAGGAACAACUACAAAUAUGGCGCAUCAGCAAAAACAAUAUGUGAGUCAGUCUUCAUCAGAGUUGGGGUCAAUUCCAUUUUAAAUUUGGUAAACUCAGGAAACAUUGGACUGGAAUUGACCACAAGCCUGGUCUCCAUCAAAGACAACAUUGUGAUACUCACAGAAUUUUUGUCUGCAUCACAUAGGUUGGAGUGGCAGGCAGCAAGGUUCAGACAAACCCCCACUGUUGCAAACCAAAUGUUGGCUAGAAGCAUGGGGAUAUAAUGGAGAUUAUGUUUAUGAAUUGGCUGGCUGGGCUGUGGGACAGUGGAUAAUUCAAAUGGAAAUGUUAACAGGCAUUACCCGUGGAUUAUCUUGAAUAACUCCUGGCUAUCAAUCAAUCAGCAUCCAGGAUCCAAAUAUACAGUUUUAUAAAACCUGGUCUCAGAGCAUUUCGUAUUAUUCUGUACGUAAAUCCGUUGACAUGAUAUGUUACUUUUCGUAUAGUAUGUAUUAAUUUGUGGAUGUCCAUCACCCAUUUCGUAUGAUAUGUUAUGAAUUACAAUUUGUAUUACACUGAACAAAAAUAUAAACACAACUUGCAACAAUUUCAAAGAUUUUACUGAGUUACAGUUUAUAUAACGUCAAUGUAAAUAAAUAAAUUAGGCUGUUGGUCACAGAUACCUUAAACCAAAAAAAGGUAGGGGAGUGGAUUAGAAAACCAUUCAGUAUCUGGUGUGACCACCAUUUGCCUAAUGCAACGGAACACAUCUCCUUCGCAUAGAGUUGAUCAGGCUGUUGAUUGUGGCCUGUGGAAUGUUGUCCCACUCCUCUUCAAAGGCUGUGCGAAGUUGCUGGAUAUUGGCGGGAAAUGGAACACGCUGUCAUACACGUCGAUCCAGAGCUUCCCAAACAUGCUCAAUGGGUGACAUGUCUGUGGAGUAUGCAGACCAUGGAAGAACUGGGACAUUUUCAGCUUCCAGGAAUUCUGUACAGAUCCUUGCGAAAUGGGGCUGUGCAUUAUCAUGCCGAAACAUGAGGCGGAUGAAUGGCACGACAAUGGGCCUCAGGAUCUCGUCACGGUAUCUCUGUGCAUUCAAUUUGCCAUAGAUAAAAUGCAAUUGUGUUCAUUGUCCGUAGCUUAUGCCUGCCCAUACCAUAACCCCACCGCCACCAUGGGGCACUCUGUUCACAACGUUGACAUCAUCAAUCCGCUCGCCCACAUGAUGCCAUACACAAUGUCUGCCAUCUGCCCAGUACAGUUGAAACCGGGAUUCAUCCGUAAAGAGUACACUUCUCCAGUGUGCCAGUGGCCAUUGAAGGUGAGCAUUUGCCCACUGAAGUCGGUUACGACGCCAAACUGCAGUCAGGUCAAAACCCUGGUGAGGACGACGAGCACGCAGAUGAGCUUCCCUGAGACGUUUUCUGACAGUUUGUGCAGACAUUCUUCAGCUUUCCGGGUGGCUGGUCUCAGACGAUUCCACAGGAGAAGAAGCUGGAUGUAGAGGUCCUGGGCCGGCGUGGUUACAUGUGGUCUGUGGUUAUGAGGCCAGUUGGCCGUACUGCCAAAUUCUCUAAAACGACAUUGGAGGCAGCUUGUGGUAGAGAAAUGUAACAUUCAAUUCUCUGGCAACAGCUCUGGUGGACAUUCCUGCAGUCAGCAUGCCAAUUGCAUGCUCCCUCAAAAUGCUCCCUCAAAACUUGAGACAUCUGUGGCAUUGUGUGGUAUGACAAAACUGCAUAUUUUAGAGUGGCCUUUUAUUGUCCCCAGCACAAGGUUCACCUUUGUAAUGAUCAUGCUGUUUAAUCAGCUUCUUGAUAUGCCACACAUGUCAGGUGGAUGGAUUAUCUUGGCAAAGGAUAAAUGCUCACUAACAGGGAUGUAAACAAAUUUGUGCACACAAUUUUAGAGAAAUAAGCUUUUUGUGCGUAUGGAAAAAUUCUGGGAUCUUUUAUUUCAGCUCAUGAAACAUGGGACCAAUACUUUACAUGUUGCAUUUAUAUUUUUGUUCAGUGUAUAUGUUACGAAUUUGCAAAAGGUACAAUAUGUUACGAAUGUGCAAAAUGUACAAUAUUUCGGAGUUAGGUUAAAGGGUUAAGAGCGGCAGGUAGCUUAGUGGUUAAGAGCGUUGUGCCAGUAACCGAAAGGUUGCUGGUUCUAAUCCCCGAGCCGACUAACAUGCUAAGUAGUUGCAAAGUAGCUAUAAAGUAGUAUAUAGUUAAAAAGUUGCUCAUUAGCUAAAAUGCUUAAGUUCCCCAUGAUGAGAUUCAAACUCGCAACCUUUGGGUUGGUAGACGUUCGCGUUACACGCCCACCAAUCCACCCUGACCAACCACCCUACUUUAGUUUUUGCCUUAAGCAACCAUCAUGUAACUAUACCAAACGCAACAUAUCAUACUAAUUUGAGUGUCCCGGAUUUACGUUUACUAUGUUACGUAUAAUCUAUGAGACCAAGCUCUUUUAUAAUAAAAUGUUGACAAUUGCUUUGUAAAGCUGUUAUAAGUUAUUGCUUUAUAAACUGUCACUACAAAACAAGUAAAAUUCCUCGUUCUCCCUUUGUCCUUCUCCAGACUUAGCCCCCGGAGGAUCUGACGACUGGGCCUACAACCUGGGUAUCCACUACUCCUUCACCUUUGAGCUGGAGGACCGUGGUCGAUAUGGUUUCCUCCUACCGCCAUCAUUCAUCUCCAAGGCCUGCAAUGAAGCCCUCCUCGCUGUUAAGAGUAUAGCUGUCAGAGUCAUUCAGAAAACACAACCCCAACCCUAA